GGACGAGCUGCCGGAGGAGUUGGUGAGCCUGGUGUUCACCCACCUGCCCCUCCCGGCUGUGGUGGUGUCUGGCGCGGUGAGCCGACGCUGGGCGCGGUGAGCCGACGCUGGGCGCGAGUACUUAACUCCAACCACGCCUGCGCCCAGACCGCCAAGGCCGCCCUCGACCUCGUCGCCGGUCGCGGCCACCAGCCGGAGAGCUUUGCGGCGACCCUGGCCCGCACCGGCCAGCUCGAGGUGCUCAAGUGGGCCCGCAACAACGGGUGCCCGAUGCAUGACGAGCUUGCCAUUUGCUCGAGCGCCGCGUUCGGGGGCCAGCUGGAGGUUCUACAAUGGGCGCGCGGCAACGGCUGCCCAUGGGACGACUACACGACUUCAAGCGCGGCCCUGGGUGGCCAGCUCAACGCUCUGCAGUGGGCGCGGGCCAAUGGCUGCCCGUGGGACCAGUACACGUGCCACGAGGCCGCGCUCGGGGGCCACCUCCACGUACUGCAGUGGGCCCACGACAACGGCUGCCCAUGGGACGAGUCGACCUGCGCACACGCCGCGCGGACCGGUCAGCUCGAGGUGCUCAAGUGGGCGCGGGCCAACGGCUGCCCGUGGGACCAUGACACCUGUCGCAAUGCGGCGGGCGGGGGCCACCUGGAGCUGCUCAAGUGGGCGCGAGCCAACGGCUGCCCAUGGGACCCUUCCACCUGUUCCAAUGCAGCGCUGGGCGGCCACCUGGAGGUGCUCCAGUGGGCGCGGGCCAAUGGCUGCCCGUGGCAGGAGUGGACGACCAGCAAUGCCGCGUUUGCGGGCCACCUCGAGGUGCUGAAGUGGGCCCGGGCCAACGGCUGCCCGUGGGACGAGGUCACGUGUGCCAAUGCAGCGCAGGGCGGACACCUGGAGCUGCUUCAGUGGGCGAGGGCCAAUGGCUGCCCGUGGGACCAUAUGGUGCUGGCAACGGAGGAGGGGCACCAGCAUGUUAUUGAGUGGGCGAUCAGCAAUGGCUGCCCAGCAGAUUGA